GCAGUCAUGAGGCACAGCUGAUCUGAGUCACACGCCCUAAACAGCAAAGCAAAAACGCUCUAAACCUACAGACCACAGCUACACUCAAGACAAUAUGAAGCUGCUAACAACGGUGCAAUAAGGAAUGGAUGUGUACUUUCAAAUCAGGAGCUGAUGCUACAAGAUCAAGUUAAAGAUGUGAAGUCUCUAUCAGAGGAAGGCCGCUGUCGACCGGAGGGAUCCUAAGGGUCUGGUGACCUCUGCAAGAUGGCCGACGAUUACAGAGGGGGUCAUGUUAUCGAGGAAAACCAGGUUCAACCAAUCAAACCUCAGGCCAACAGCGGCGCGCAAAGAUAUUUAAAUGGUCAGUGUGUUUUGUCGAUAUCGAGUGGAGUUUUAAACCCUGAAUUUGACCUGGAGCUCUGCCGCAGUGGUCUGGAGAUGAACGGCUUUCAGAUUCCAGAGUCAGAUUUGGAGGCUCCUCUGAAAAUGGCCCUCACUGCUCCUUCAGUCAAAAGAUACAUCACCUUUAACUCCUCCCUGUUUCAUUUCUUCAUGGCUCCAGUGCUGUACAUCAUCCUGUGGUGCGCGGUCUUCUCCAGUCUGCAUUCCUACAUCACAGUCACAGAUUACUGGGUCCUCUGUCUGUGCGUCAGCCUCGUCUCCAUCUUCCUCACCACGGCCAUCAUCUUCAUCCUCCACCGCAGCAACAAAGAGAUCAACAUGAAUUUGGACGUGAGGUUGAUCGCUGUGAACGAGAGGCUGGUCAAACACAAGCUGCUCGUGGCUGUGGCUGAUUGGGUCGAGAACUGCACCAGUAAUCUGCAGCUGUACUUUGUUUACUGGGACAUAUCGCACUGUUUGAGAGCUUUGACUGAAACCUUAGAGGAGCAAAAUUAUGAGUCACGCAACAUUCAGAAGAAGCUGCAGAAGAGGAUGUCCCACCUAGUUCUAGUCAGUGAAGUCCCACAGAUCCAAACAGAGCCACAAGAGGGCGACGUGGAGCAGGACACAGAUGAACACAGGCCUCUGCUGCAAGAGGAGCAAGAGAGCAGUACCACCUCAGACCAGAAGGGGGCGCACCAACCCACCACCAGCCUCAGCCUCGUCCCGGACACAGGGCUGUCUGCUCAGGUCAAAGCUCACCAGUUGUUGAUGACCUACAGUGCCUUGUACAUGAAGCUGCUGGUGUCUGAACGCUUGUCAGGACCGUCCCAUUACAGGAUGCGCCCCAAGAGGAACCACUGCACCACAGCUUCCCUGUGUCUGUGUCAAUACAUCCGCACCAAGAUCCUGCGGUGACAUUGCGAUUACAAAUGAACAAUAAUGUUACAUACCUGAUUGCUGUUAUGACUAGAUCCUGUUAAAAUCCUUCAAAAUCUUCACAGAGUAACUUAGACCCUCCAUUUUAUUCCUCUGUCCCACUGUCCAUUAUCUCAUGUAAUGGAAAAUAUAUCUUAAAUAAAGGUGCAUCCAUGUUUGAGAGUUUGCUAAAUUAGUUUUAACUCGGGUUUAUUGAUACAGGCUGGAUCACUUUCUGUUGAUACUUUGCAGCUGAUCAUCAUCAACAUUCACCUGGGGUCUUAAGCUAACUGGAGGCUCUACUCUGUCUAACGCUCUGUUACUCAAGCUAGACUUUAAACAGCUUUAUUUUGGACACAGGCUAGCUAGCAUUAGUCAACUGUUUGUCAGCUUUUUUGUUGAAAAGGUGACAGUAACUAGCUAAACUCUAAACUGGUGUUUUUGUAUUGUAUUGUAUUUUUUCUUUAGUUGUCAGACAAUUUUAAAACAGUGUUUGCUAUUGUGUGCAUUGUGUCACCAUGGUAACUGCAGAGCAUUCCACUCCAGACAGACAUGUAGAACACCUCCAGCGAUAUCACAGUAUCAAUUGGGGUAGAUCUCUAUGGAAACAUGCAAGAUAAAAAGAUUGACAUAUGAGAUCUGUACUUUACAAUAUAGAUAUUUUAAUGCGAUAAAUAUUUUACCUUAUCGAAAACGGAGGGCUAUUUUCCUUUUGUGCACAUUAUGAUCUUUGUGAAUCCAUCCUUGUAUUUGCACAUUUGUAUUUGUUCACAGUUGUGUCUGACUCUCUGCUCUACUGCUGUCGCUGCUGUAAAUAUUUAUACAGACAUAAAUGUAUAUAAAUGUCCAUGCUGUAAAUAUUUAUAUGUCUGUGUACCCAACAAUCUCUGCACAAUGCAUUUUUAUUUACAUUAUUUGUUAAAAAACAAAACAAAACAAAACUGUUGUACAUCAUUAUUGAUAAUUAAAAUAUGUGCAUCACAGUAGAUGACAGUAGAUAGAUAUUCAGGUUUGAGCUUAAUGUAAUAUAUUAUUUUGUUAUAAAUUGUUUUUUGCUAUGGCAAAGGUCCUAAUUUUUCAUUAUUCUGAAAUCCACAUAUAGUUUUUAGUAUUUGUUUGUUUUAAAAAUUGGAUUAUACUGUAGAUUUUCAUGCACACUGGGGCAGUUAUUACAGCACUGCCAUAUUAAGAUAUCACUGACAUCUUGAGCCAUAUUGUAUUGAAUUUCUUACUGAAGCCUGCCCUCUUUUUCUUCACAAAAUACAGUCGUAAUGCUAUUGUUGAGGUCCAUAUAAUUUCCUGUCUCCUUGGUGACCACAUGGCGUUGUCUCUCAGUUGUGGAGAUGACAGCUGACAGGAACCACAGGCCGACUCUGUCACAGCCCCAGGGCAUGCUGGGAGUUUGAGGCAGAGGCCAGGACGCCCGUAGAGAGAGACCAGGUCCAAGCAUCUCUGACUCUGCAGUUAGCGCAGGCUGUUAGCGCGAGCUGUUAGCAGGAGGUUAAACGGACAUCUGUGAAAACACCACACUGACACACACAGACUGGAGCAGAACCGGGACAGGACUCUGAACUGCUCCAAUAUGAAGCUGAUUUAGACUUGGCCAAAUGUAAAUGAAAAGCUGUCAAUUAAGAUAUGCAUGCCAGAUUAGGACAGAUUUGGGAUUUGAGUUUGAAAUGAAAAAUGUGGAAGCAACAAGAGUAAAAAUAAACAUUGUG